AUGCUAUCUACUCGCAUGCUAAGUGCCGGAUCCUUGACCGCGCUGUGCCUGGCCCAGUCGGUCCUCGGCGGGACUCUCAAGCAGUGUACCGGCACACUGGAGUUAUCAUGCCAUAACGACACCAAGGUGGCCGAUACCUGCUGCUUCAAUUACCCAGGUGGAUCUUUGCUCCAGACUCAAUUCUGGGAUACGGACCCCGUAGUCGGACCGGAUGACUCGUGGACUAUCCACGGUCUCUGGCCCGACCACUGCGACGGCACGUACGACGCCACGUGCGACAGCCAGCGCGCGUACAAAAACAUCACCGACAUCCUGAAGUCGUCCGGCAACGACGACCUCCUGAGCUACAUGGAGACGUUCUGGCUGCCGAACGACAGCACGGGCGAGGAGUUCUGGGAGCACGAGUGGGGGAAGCACGGCACGUGCGUCUCGACGCUCGACCCGAGCUGUUUCGCGGACUACAAGGCGACCGACGAGGUGCCCUACUACUUCGACCGGACCGUCAGCCUGUUCAAGUCGCUGCCGACGUACAAGUGGCUCGCGGACGCGGGCAUCACGCCGAGCUCGAGCCAGACGUACAAGCUGUCCGACAUCCAGGCCGCGCUCUCCAAGAACCACAACGGCGAGACCGUCUACGUCGGCUGCAGCGGCGGCGCCAUCGACCAGGUCUACUACUACUUCAACGUCCGGGGCUCGGUUGCCAACGGCGAGUUCGUGCCGGCGAGCCCUGACAACGGGGACGACGGCGGCUGCCCCAGCACGGGCGUCAAGUACCUUCCGAAGAACGGGGGCGGCGGUGGUGGGUCGACGACUACGACCACCUCCAAGCCGACCAGCACGACAUCGGGCGGAUCUUCGCCGACGCCGGCGCCGACGGGAUCGUUCUCGGGAAAAGGGUAUCUCAACGCCGUGGUCGACGGAACUAAGAAAGGCUGCAUCAUCGGCAGCGGCAACUGGUACACGACGGGGACCUGCGCGACGUUCACCGCCGCGGCGGCUACUUCCGGGGGCGGGUUCACGCUCAAGUCCAGCAAGGGGUACUGCUCGGCGGUGGGCGGCUCGCUGGCAUGUUCCUCGGGCGUAAGCAGCGCGGACGCGGACGUCUUCGCCGCGGACGGCACGAGCCUGGCGAAUGCCGGCGGCAACGAUUGGUACGCCGAUUCUGUGCCUAGCGGCUCCGCGCAGGGCACCGUGUAUGCGGAGAAGGGGUCGCGCGCGACGACAUUGCAGAUACAGUGGCAGAGCGUCUGA